UGUUAGGACAGUCUGACUUUUUAGGUUAUGUUUAAUUUAAAAAAUGAAAAUAUAAAUAGAUUGUUUUUAUCUGUACACUUUUUAUAAUUACCUAUUGUUUCAUUUUUAAAAUGCCUCCUUGUUCUACAAAGUGUGGAAAAAACGCUAUAUUAAAGAGGCCCAAAACUGGAGACACUUUGUGCAAGGAAUGCUUUUUUGAAGCAUUUGAGAAUGAGAUUCAUUUUACCAUCCAAAGAACGAAACUCUUUCGUCCCGGGUCAACAGUAGCGAUAGCUGCCUCAGGAGGAAAAGACUCAACUGUGCUCGCAUAUGUAAUGAAAUUGUUAAAUGAGAAAUUCAACUAUGAUCUUAACCUUGUAUUGCUUUCUAUCGAUGAAGGAAUUACAGGCUAUAGGGAUGAUAGUUUAAAUACAGUUAAACAAAAUAGAGAUGAUUAUGGAAUGCCUUUGAAAAUUUUAUCAUAUAAAGAUCUGUAUGGAUGGACAAUGGAUGAAAUUGUGGCUGAAAUAGGAAGAAAAAAUAACUGCACAUUCUGUGGAGUGUUUAGAAGACAAGCAUUGGACAGGGGUGCCAAUUUAUUGAAAGUGGAUUGUUUAGCCACAGGACAUAAUGCAGAUGAUAUAGCUGAAACUGUUUUAAUGAAUAUCUUGAGAGGUGAUUUAGCAAGGUUGAGUAGGUGUACUGCUAUUAUGACGGACAGUGGUGAUGGUAUCCCAAGAGUGAAACCAUUAAAAUACACGUUUGAAAAAGAAAUAGUUAUGUAUGCCUAUUUUCGAAAAUUAGUUUAUUUUUCGACAGAGUGUGUUUUUGCUCCAAAUGCUUAUAGAGGCCACGCCAGAAUGCUUUUAAAAGAUUUGGAAAAAAUUGAUCCCAGUACAAUUAUGAAUAUUAUUCAGUCAGGUGAAGACCUAAAACUGCAUGAAUCCGCUAAAGUUCCAACCUUAACUAGAUGUACAAGAUGCAACUAUGUGUCUUCGCAAGAUGUAUGCAAAGCCUGCAUUCUCUUGGAAGGCUUGAAUAAAGGUCUGCCCCGCUUAGGUAUAGGAAAAAGCAGUAAAGUGAAGCGAAUGUUAGAAGAAAAGAAAAAACUUACGGAAAAUUGUGGGUCAGGAGACAUGUGUUCUCGAAACGAGGGAAAUAGUUGUAUAUGUUUAAGUAAUCCAGCAUAAGAUUUCCAAUAAUAUUUAUUAUAAAGAUGUGAUCACAAUAAAAUGUAAUGUCUGUACCUGUAUGGAAACCCAAUUACAUACAGGGUGUUGCACCAAGAGGGGGGUCAUAGGAAACCCCAUGUAAUUAUUUCAGAGAAAAAAUUUAUUAGAAUAA